AUGUUUCAACAGGAAUUCAAGUACAAAAAGUUCUUCUGGUCGAUUGUGCUCCUAUUAGGUGCAGUCAUUGUACUAGUACCCACUCUCGUGAUUGCCACAAAACGUGCGAAAGAUAGUCCUGAUCGAACGGCACCUGCAGUAACAACACGAAAUGCCGACGAUUAUCAGUCAAACAGUGACUACUAUCAAUCAUUAAAAAAUGUACAUGAUUUUUCUCAAUUGGACAAUCUUCGUUUGGAUCGCCUUUCAUCUCCACGAUUUCAUCCAAUCAAUGGAAAGAGUGUCAUCUAUUUAAGACGACAGUAUCAUAUGCCUGAUUUACGUGGAUCAACAACAACUUUGCAUUGGCUUGAUUUAGAAACAAACAACAAUAUUCAGUUAACACGACCAAUUUGGGGAAUUCAUGAUAGACAAUUCUUUUGGAUAGAUAAUGAUACUAUUCUCUUUUUAUCUAAUCGAGCUUCAUCAGGUCUAACUCAAAUUUUUCAACUUAUGCUUCCUGUCGACUUAUUGAAAGCAACUACUACUUUUAUUGAACCAAUUCAAAUAACAAACUAUUCAUUGAAUAUUGAUAAUCUGCUAGUGAAUCGACAAGCAUCACGCCUUGCAUUUAGCUGUCAAGUUUAUCCAAAUUUAACCAUCGAAGAAACAUUUACUCAAAAAACAACUGAGAAAAAUAGUGGUCGCACAGUUUAUCAAUUCGAUAAGCUAUUCAUUCGACACUGGGAUGAAUAUAUGAUAGGUCCACGUCAUCAUCCAUUUCUUGUUUCAGUCGAAAGACAAGCCAAUAGAAUAUUCAAAUUUUCAUCAGAACCAAUUGAUGUACUUUUCAAUGUAGAUAGUGAUUCACCAACAAGACCUUUUGGUGAUGCUAAAACACAAUGGUCAUUUAGUGCAACUGGUAAUUCAUUUGCAUAUACUCGACAAUAUGAUGAAACAAGUGCUGUAGCUUGGUCAACUAAUAUGGAUAUUUAUACAAUAGAUUUGAGUAAAUCUGGACAAACAAGUGUAUGUAUUACAUGUGAUAAUUUGGCAACUGAUACUGAUCCAUCUUAUUCACCAACAGAUGAUAAUGUAUUAGUCUAUCGAUCACAAUCAAAACAAGGAUAUGAAUCUGAUCAAUUCAAAAUAAAAUUGUAUAAUGGAUCGAAUUCUAGAAUAACACUUCUUGAUGAUUGGGAUCGAAGCAUUCAAGUUGUGACAUGGUCUUUCGAUGGUCAAUCUCUUUUUCUUGAACUUGGUGAAGAAGCACGACAUGUCAUCUAUCAUUUAUUCAAUCUAUUCACAAGUCAAUCACUCACUCGUCUGAUUAGUAAUGGUACAUCACAUGAGAUCAAUGUUCAUCCUAUGAAUAGUCGAAUGUUCAUUUUCACUCAUCAAAGUUUCAUUGAACCAAUCAAUAUCUAUUUAUAUUCAUCGGAUGGAUUGAUGCGAUCUAUCACUGAUCAUAACCAAGCUCUAUUGGCCAAAGUAAAUAUGAGUCCCAUGGCCGAGACGUUUUCAUUUUCAGGUGCUCAAGGUGAUGAGGUUUGGGGAUGGCAUAUGCCGCCAUCAAAUGGUACUGACAAACGAGCUCCACUUGCUUUUCUCAUUCAUGGUGGCCCACAAAGUAGUUGGUACGAUGCAUGGAGCUAUCGAUGGAAUUUUCAAUCAUUUUCUUCUCAAGGCUAUGCUGUCAUUGCUAUAAACUUUCAUGGUUCUGACUCAUAUGGACAGAAUUUUACAGAUAGUAUUAUAGGUGAAUAUGGUUCAUUACCUUUCGAAGAUCUUCAGUUGGGACUUAGUUAUGCUCUGAAAAAGUUUUCUUAUAUUGAUCCGAACCGAGCCGUAGCAUUGGGUGCUAGCUAUGGUGGAUAUAUGAUCUAUUGGAUUGCUGGACAUCCAGAAAUGAGUCUUCGUUUCAAGACACUCAUUUCUCAUAAUGGUGUAUUUGAUACAAGAGCUAUGGGCUAUUCUACAGAGGAGCUAUGGUUCACUGAACAUGAUGUAGGUGGUUACACUCCAUGGUCUAAUCCUGAUGCUUAUGAACUCUAUAAUCCAGUUCAUCAUGUUGCAAAUUGGACUCAGCCAAUGCUAAUUAUUCUUGGUGCUCAUGACUA